UGUAGUAUGGGAAAGUAAUGAAUGGGGGCUGUUCUGCCGGGAGGGGAGAGCUGCUGUCACUCUGGCAUGCUUGCAGCCUUAUUUAUUGCACACCAAAGUAUAAAACCACCCAGCCCGGCUGUAGUUCUCAUCUUCAGCCCUGGCAUUUACCCGCGGAGACCACAGCACCUCGGAGGCCCCGUCAUCUUCCCAAAGAGGCUCUCUGGCUCUGUUGAAAAUCAUGCUUGGGAGGCAGCUCAUGUGUUGGCACCUGUUGGCUUCAUUUUUUCUCCCAUUUUGCCUGUGUCAAGAUGAAUACAUGGAGGUGAGCGGAAGAGCUAAUAAAGUGGUGGCAAGAAUAGUGCAGAGCCACCAGCAGACUGGCCGUAGCGGCUCCAGGAGGGAAAAAGUGAGAGAGCGGAGCCAUUCUAAAACUGGGACUGUGGAUAAUAACACUUCUACAGACCUAAAAGCUCUGAGACCAGAUGAGCUACCGCACCCAGAGGUGGAUGAUCUAGCCCAGAUCACCCCGUUCUGGGGCCAGUCUCCACAAACUGGAGGACUGCCUCCAGACUGCAGCAAGUGUUGUCAUGGAGACUACAGCUUCCGGGGCUACCAAGGACCCCCUGGACCUCCAGGCCCUCCAGGCAUUCCAGGAAACCAUGGAAACAAUGGAAAUAAUGGAGCCACCGGCCAUGAAGGGGCCAAAGGUGAGAAAGGAGACAAAGGUGACCUGGGUCCUCGAGGGGAGCGUGGGCAGCAUGGCCCCAAAGGAGAGAAGGGCUACCCAGGGAUUCCACCAGAACUGCAGAUUGCAUUCAUGGCUUCUCUGGCAACUCAUUUCAGCAAUCAGAACAGCGGGAUUAUCUUCAGCAGCGUGGAGACCAACAUUGGAAACUUUUUUGAUGUCAUGACUGGAAGAUUUGGGGCCCCUGUAUCAGGUGUGUAUUUCUUCACCUUCAGCAUGAUGAAGCAUGAAGAUGUGGAGGAAGUGUACGUGUACCUUAUGCACAAUGGAAAUACAGUCUUCAGCAUGUACAGCUAUGAGACAAAGGGGAAAUCAGAUACAUCCAGCAAUCAUGCAGUGCUGAAGCUUGCCAAAGGGGAUGAAGUUUGGCUGAGAAUGGGAAAUGGCGCUCUUCAUGGGGACCACCAGCGCUUCUCCACCUUUGCAGGCUUCCUGCUCUUUGAAACUAAGUAAACAGAUGAAUACAACUCCACUUCAGAGAAGACUUGUAGCUGAGUUGGUAUUGCUAGGAUUUAAGAAACAUACCAUAUUAAGGGCUCUACAAUCUGUAUCUACAGAAACAGUUAUUAGUUACACCGCUAUCAUGCUACAAGUCCACUAAUAAUGUUGGAUCACUCAGGGCCUCAGAUAAAUAAAUCACAAUGUUGUCUUCCCAGAUGGCCUUCACAAAUAUACUUAGUACCUUUGUCACUCUUUCCCUAGGGAGCUAAAAUAGAAUUGUCCUUUGAUGUAGGUGAGAAUUCAUUGUUCCCAUCAGAGGAGGCACUGCAGGACUGUUGGUGUUAUUUGAAAUAUCAAAUAUCAGGAGCCCCCCAAAUUUUUAGUUCAUUAUUCUUUAUAAUAUUGCAGAGAAUAGGACACAGUGAUCACAUUGAGGCAGGGGCAAAAAUAUGGGUGCUUAUUUCUAGGUACUGGAAAUGUGUACAAUCUGGAUUGGGAAGUAACAAUUUGAUCCCGUAAGUCAGUAUUCACAAAAUAAAGUGUACUUAAUUUUUUAAAAGCAAUUUCACAUAGCUUUUAUGUGGUAAAAGUAUUUACAAUGCCCACAUAUAACUGGCUCCUUUUUGUAAAGAUGUUUCUGUAAUUAAUUCUUUACUUGUAAUGGUUUGCACUUUUAGAAACAGAUUUUUCUCAAGAUGUAUAAUUGGUUUUAUCAGAUCUGGUUUAUUAGAUUGAUUUUUUUUUUUUGCAAUUGCACUCUUUGAAUUAUAGUACCUUUUUAUUGACCCUGAGUUGCAGAAUCAGCUAAGAUAAGCUUAGGUCAAUAUGAGACAGAUGUUAGCACAUGCUUUUCUAUUAAUUUGGAAAUCACCUCAAUAUAUUUAUGUUUUAUACAUACUAUAUCAUAUUGAAGGGACUGUAUAUUUCAAAACUAAUGCAUAUAAAAUAUAUAGACAUUCCAUUUGAGAGACAUAGAAGAAAGUAUCUUUACAUUUUAUUCAAUAAAAAUGACACUGUUGCAGGAAUCUCUCACCCAGAGAUGGGACACCAAUGCUCUU